AUGGGCCGCCGAGAGGAGGACGGCCGCCUGCCCCCCCCGCCGCCAAACACCGAGCAACCCUCCACUCCCAAACGGCCCCGCGCACGAUGCACCGCACCGCGCACCACCGACAUCCUUACCAACAAAGCGAAGCCACACCCCCCGACCCGGUGGGCAUCCCAGAGGGGUCCCACGACGCCCGCAACCAGCCCACAACAGACACACAUGAACCCCGGCCGCAGGCACGACCACCCAUGCACCCCCCCUGGACGACGCAACCACACCAAGCGCCAUGGCCAACCACCGAAACCCGGCACCAAAAGACGAGGCAUGCCCCGACACCCUUGGCUUGUGGCAACUCAAACCCCUCCUACCCGUCAAUAUAUCAUUGUUGAUGAGCUGAAGAACUGGGCUGGAGCUCAGAGCUACUGCAGAGACCAUCACACUGACCUGGCAACCUUGGAGAACAUGGAGGAUGUGAGGAUGCUGGCUGACCUGGGAGCCUCUCUGGCUAACAGCUCUGAGGUCUGGAUCGGAUUGUAUGCAGAUAUGAACUGGACGUGGUCCAUCUCGGAUGGGGAUCAGCAGGAGGAGAAGCAGUUCUGGAACUGGUACACUGCAGAACCGAACAAUGAGUUUGGAAGAGAGAGCUGUGCUGCCAUUGACAUUGAUGGGUCCUAUUAUGACGUCCCCUGCUCUCUGACCUUAGGGACGCUCUGCGUUGAAGAAAAGGAGACUCGCAAGUUUCAGUACAACAACCAAGAAAGGACCUGGAGCGAAGCCCAGAGCUACUGCAGGGAGCGCUACACAGACCUGGCCAACAUAAGAGACACCUCUGAAAACCAGAGGAUCAAGAACUUGAUCACACGGCCAGUCUGGAUGGGUCUGUACCGAGACCCCUGGAAGUGGGUGGAGGGAAGGAAGUCCUCCUUCAGGUUCUGGAACAUCUUUAACCCUGAUAGCAGGAAGAAUGAAUGUGCUGCUGCCAACUUUGGAAAUGGUGGGAAGUGGGAGAAAUGGAGCUGUGCUGAGAAGAAAGCCUUCAUCUGUUCUGCUGUUCCGUCCUCUAAGCAGAUAGUGAAACUGAAGCUCCUCUUCUCCUCAUCUGCGGCUCAGAAUCAGCCUGCUGUUCUGGACGAGCUGCUCAGGAAGCUGAAGCAGAAGCUGCAGGACGAUGGCGUGAGAGGAGACCUGAAGCUGAGCUGGAGGAAACAACCAGAUGGACGGGUCCUCAAGAAGGACAAGAAGAAGAAAGACGAACUUUAAGCUGGAGUCUUUUUUUUUAAAGGGUUUCUGGGUACAGAUCUGUAGGAAAUAGAUGAAACCAUAUUAGAAAUUAGUUCCAGAUUUCAACAGAAACUGUUAAAGGAGGAAACAUCGAACCGUAUGUCAGACUUAAAGAUCUGCUAGGAGAAGGAGG